AUGGCCAACAAAGUCUACAAAGAGAGAAGGUCUUCCAUCGAUCACCGCCAAAUAUCCUCAACAACCAAAACAUCAAAUGAAGCCCUCGAAGACGACGACGAGUACCUUCUGCCAGAGAAGCCCAUCUACUCAUCUACCUCAUCAUCCUCAUCCUCCUCAUCCUCAACCUCAUCCUCAAAAUCAGUUCCUACCACCAUCACCACCGACACCAAAUACAAAUGGAGCCUCGUGUACCGCAAUAUCCUCCUCAUGACGGUGAUCCACGGCCUGGGCAUCUACGGCGUCUGUCUGAUACCGCAGGGCAGCAUUGCCACCCUUUUCUGGAUCUGGCUCAUCCUCAUCUUCGGCGCCAUCGGCAUCCAAACAGGAGCCCACCGCCUGUGGUCUCACCGAGCCUACAAGGCCAGCACCGGCCUUCGCGUCGUCCUGGCGCUCUUCCACGUCCUCGGCCUCCAGGACGACCUCUUCACCUGGUGCCGGGACCACCGGGCCCACCACAAGUUCUCCGACACCGACGGCGAUCCGCACAACAGCACCCGGGGCUUCUUCUUCAGCCACGUCGGCUGGCUGCUGGUGCGAAAGCAUCCCGAGGUAAAACGGCGAGGGGCGACCAUUGACCUCAGCGACCUGAAGGCCGAUCCAGUGGUCCGCUUUCAGCGCAAGUAUUACCUCCCCCUGGUGCUGCUCUUUUGGGGAGCAUUGCCGGUGGCGGUGCCGGUGCUCUGCUGGGGCGAGAACCUGAAGAUGGCCUUCUUCACCUGCAUCUUCACGCGAUACGUCAUCUCGCUUAAUUACACGUGGCUGGUAAACAGCUGGGCGCACAUGUACGGCACGCGGCCCUACGACGAGGGCAUCGCCCCCGUGGAGGCGUCCAUACGCAACGUGCUCCUCGGCGAGGGUUUCCACAACUACCACCACGCCUUCCCCUGGGACUACUCGGCCAGUGAGCUGGGCGCCCUGGACGUCUUCAACCUGGGCACGGCGGCGAUCAACCUCUUUGCGGCCAUGGGCUGGGCGUGGGACCUGAAGCGGGCCAGUCCAAAGCUGGUGACGCAGAAG